AUGACGAGUGAUUAUGAGUGUCAGCUUGGGUGGGAACCUUCUCGCAAUGACUGUCGAGCGGAAGAAUAUUGCGAUUCGCUCAAUUUGUUAAUGGAUUCUUUACCAUUCUGUUUUUCAUCGAAAUACAUGGUAGUGCCGGAUUCAGAAACAGUGGAGUCUGAACACGUUCGCAUAUAUGUUGGAUUAUUCAUGGUCAUUUGUAACUUAAUUCUAUUUCUUUUUCUUAAUUCACGCAAAGUUAUGCGAGAUAAGUAUCUGUAUUUUUCACUUAUUUGUGUGGGAGACAUGCUCGAUGGCGGUUAUUUAAUAUACCCAAGUAUAACUCGUCUGAUGGAGAUGUCAUCUGGAGUAUAUUAUGAACGUAUAUCGCUGUGGGGAUGUGCUCUCAAAAUGAAUAUGUUAUUUCGUGUGUUUGGUCCAGAACUAGUAGCUACAACCAUGCUCAUUAUGUCGUUAGAAAAGUUAGGAGCAGUUUACUUUCCAAUCAAGUAUAGGGUAUAUAUAAGUCAAGGAUAUCGUACUUACGUAUCGUUAUUAUGUGUCACUUUACCUCUCAUAGCUCUCAUAGUUAUGUUUAUAACCUCUUUUUUGGAUGAUGAAAUUGUUAAAAGUGAUCGUUACUGUGGAGUAUCGGGUAGCGUUACUCCCGACUUCGCAUUAUUCCAUCAGUAUUACAAUAUAAUCUGUCAAGUUGGCGGCUUCAUAGCUUCAGCGACAGCUUUCAUUACUGCGAAAAUUAUUAUGAAAGACGCUAAUAUUAAAGAGUUGAAUUCCAUUCAGCCUAUAUUAGUUGUCAGCUUCAUAUCAUGUGUUCUACUCACAUCUAGUAGCAUAAUAUACAUAUUAAUGAAUUUCUUCGGUCUCAGUAUCACAAAAGCGCACCAGAAUAUAUUUGUCACUUAUGGAAAUGCCGCCUUUCAAUCAUUGAAAUUCUUAUUGUACUUGUUAACUGGAAAAGAGUUCCGCGAUUCUUUUAAAGCUAUCAUAUAUGGCAGUCGGAACAGUGUAGCCGAACAAACUGUUUUGCAGAUCCGGCAAAAUCGUACUACGAUAGCCAGUUCAAUGAAGGCAUCAUUUUGA